AUGGAGAGUCCAGUGCCAUAUAGUAGAGGGUUGCAGAAACAUUCAUUUUCGGUUAUGAAGCAGGGAAGGAGUGGUUAUGAACCGUCUGAUACUGAGACGGAAUUACAAGAAACUCAUUGGAAUGAAAUGAAUAAAAAGAUGACAGAAAUGGCUGGUGAUGAAACUAGGAACUUAAAUUCGUCGAGACUUAUAAGGAGGCAUUCUUCAAAGUUUGAUCCUGAAGGGCUGCCACCACCAAGGAGACAUAGUAAAUCUCCGUUUAAGACACGUAGAGACGAUGGAAAUCCACGGUCACCGGCUCUAGGCCCACUUCCUCUUCCACCGGGGAGAAAUAUUAGCCCGUUUUCAAAGUCUGAGCGUAGAAGGCAUGUUUCGCCUUUUAAGCCUGUUAGAGGCGAUGAUGAUCAAGUGAUGAAUGGUGAAGAAGCUGCUGGCCCAUAUAAUAAGUCUAAACAUAGACAGUCAAAUAAUGGAAGUUUCCGUGAAGGUGAGAAACACAACCAUGGUAGAACAUUGUCGGCACCUAGGUUAAGACUUAGAGACAAAGAUCAAAGGAUAAAAAGAAGAGAGGAAAGAAGUAGGACGCCUCCUUUGCGCAGAAGUAUCACCCCACGGAAAGAGAAAGAAGGUAAACAUAAACAAGUUCCUUCUGUAGGUGAGAUCAAUGAAAUGGUUGCAAAUGCAAAAUUGGCCAAAAGUCCAGUUCGACGAGCUCCAGUUUUCGAUAGCACAGAUUCUCUUCCAGGAGGUGAUAUAUUCUUUUCUCGAGACUCUACAGCAGUGCCAGCCCAGAAGGUUAAGAACAAUGUAUUGGAAAAUCGUCUUAGCCCAAAGCCUAAGUUGUUCAUAGAAACCAAACCCGACCCACAUCAGCGUUACAAAUCAAAUACUAUUCCUAAUUAUAACCCUACUAAUAUUUCUCCUAGUAGUAUGUUAACACCUACAACUAUGGUCUCUAGUUCUGGUGUAAGUAGGCAAAGCAGCAAUCUAAGUGAUGCCAGUGGGAAGUCAACUGGGAAUUCUUGGAAAUUUGCUGCCAAUAGACGGAAAAACCAGGGAGAUGCGUGGUUUUCUUGCAUGGGAAAAGGAACUUGUCGAACCACCAAGAAGUCUCCGGAAAAAGAGAGAGCUUUUGAUGAAGCUUCAUUUAUUGAGAAAGCGUUUGUGGUUGAGACCCUUCGACAGUUCUGGGCUGAUAAGCACCAACCUUCUUCAUUGGAUGGUUUCACUUGCCAUAAACAAGGAGCCUUGCAGCUUAAACAACUGGCAUCCCAGGAAAUAUUCCCACAUAUUCUUUUAAAAGGGCCUCAAGGGUCAGGGAGGAAAGCAUUGACGAUGGCCCUACUACGUGAGAUAUAUGGAGAUGCUGCCCAUAAUGAAACCAGACUGACUCAAGUAGCUGUUCCUAUAACCUCGAGUUGUCACCAUGUAGAGCUUAAUGUGCAUCUUGAAACUAAUGCUAGAUAUGCUCUUAUGGCUUCAGUUAAGCAAAUAAGUAGUGAUCAUGCAGUUACUCCUGAGAUCAGUACAGUUAAUUUGAAGCCAGAUUAUACAGUCAUGGUCCUUUAUGAUGUUGACAAAGCUGAUGAAAGCAUUCAGCACUUGAUAAAGUGGAUUAUGGAUUGCUACUCAGAUGUUUGUAAACUCGUUCUCUGCUGUGAGGAUGAUGUCGACAUUCUUGAACCAGUGAAAAGCCGGUGCCAUGUUAUCAAGCUUGAAGCUCCUGUAACUCAUGAAAUCAUGGAAGUUCUUAUUCAGAUAGCAAGGAAAGAGAGCUUCGAUUUACCCAUGAAAUUUGCUUCAAAGAUUGCAACUAAAUCAAAACAGAACUUGAGAAAAGCAAUCAUGGCUCUUGAAGCCUGCAAGUCUCACAACUAUCCAUUUGUCGAAGAUCAACCAAUUGCAAUAGGAUGGGAAGAUGUCCUUAUUGAGCUUUCUGCAGAGAUCUUAGCAGACCCAUCACAUAAGAGACUAUUUCUCAUACGUGGAAAGCUGCAAAAACUUCUUGUUGAAUUUGUGCACCCAAAACUGAUUCUUCUGAAACUCAUUGAACAAUUCCUCAAGGGUGUUGAAUCCAAUGUAAAGAGGGAGCUAUAUUAUUGGCAUGGUUAUUAUGAUAAGAGACUCCCACUUGGAACAAGCGCCUUACUAAAGUUAGAAGAGUUUGUUGCCAAAUUUAUGAGUAUACAUAGGAAGAAUUUAGUUAAUCGUCAGUGA